UACGUAAUUGUAAGGAUGCAGCGUUAUCAGUUACUCGAUACCACUUCAGCUACUUCAGUUUGUCAACCAACAACAAAUCCGACAACGAUGAAGUCCAUUGCUUUGGUUGCCCUUUUCGUCGCUGUGGCGUUCGCCGCUCCUCAAGCACCAACAGAACCGAUCCCGAUUCUUCGUCAGGACAGCCAAAUAAACGGCGAUGGUUCAUACCAAUACUCCUUCGAAACUGGUAAUGGUAUCAGUGCGGACCAGAAGGGUGAUCUCAAGAAGGUUGGAGAUGUCGAAGCUUUGGAGGUGCAAGGACAAUUCCAGUACCCGGGAGAGGACGGCCAGAACAUCCAGCUGACUUACACCGCUGAUGAAAACGGGUUCCAGCCGCAGGGCGCUCACCUGCCCACCGCUCCCCCAGUACCGGAGGCCAUCCAGCGCGCCCUUGCACACCUCGCAACCGCCGCGCCACAGGCCCAGGAGCAAUGAGAGACUGAUCAACAAACCAUAAUUCAUAUCCUCAAAAUGUAGUUCAAUAGUAGUACAAUAUCUAUACUACUUUUAAUAGGAUAUGAUUCCAUGUUUGUUUAUGCGAUAAGUAUUAAUUUUAUAUAUUUGUAACAGUAGUACAACUUAGUACUAGAUACAGCUGACCGAGUUUUUUUAUUUUUGUAGU